AUGGAGCCCACCCAGCCUGCAGAGGAUCUCAGCCUGACCCAGCAGCCUUCUACACCAGAAUUUGGGGACCCCGAAGACCCCAGGGGUGAGGCCCCUGACGGCUCAGACACUGUGGUCCUCAGUCUCUUUCCCUGCACCCCGGAGCCUGGGAAUCCUGAACCAGAUGCUGGUACCUCCUCACCUCAAGCAGGCAGCUCCCUAAAGCACUCCACGACCCUCACCAACCGGCAGCGGGGGAAUGAGGUAUCAGCCCUGCCGGCCACCUUGGACUCCCUGUCCAUCCACCAGCUCGCGGCCCAGGGGGAGCUGAGCCAACUGAAGGAGCAUCUGAGGAAAGGAGACAACCUCAUCAACAAGCCGGACGAGCGAGGCUUCACCCCCCUCAUCUGGGCCUCCGCCUUUGGAGAGAUCGAGACCGUCCGCUUCUUGCUUGAAUGGGGUGCUGACCCCCACAUCCUGGCCAAAGAGCGGGAGAGCGCCCUGUCACUGGCCAGCACGGGUGGCUACACAGACAUUGUAGGGCUGCUGCUGGAGCGCGAUGUGGACAUCAACAUCUAUGACUGGAAUGGAGGGACACCACUUCUGUAUGCUGUGCGUGGGAACCAUGUGAAGUGCGUGGAGGCCUUGCUGGCCCGAGGAGCUGAUCUCACCACUGAGGCAGACUCUGGCUACACCCCAAUGGACCUCGCCGUGGCCCUGGGAUAUAGGAAAGUGCAACAGGUGAUCGAGAACCACAUCCUUAAACUCUUCCAGAGCAACCUGGUGCCCGCCACCCCUGAGUGA